AUGGCGGACGGAGCCCCCGGCGGUCCCCCCUCGGGCUCGCCCCGGCCCGGGCCCCCCCGGGCCCCGCAGAAAGAAGGACCUGCAGCCGCCGCCGCCGCUACAGCCGCAGGAGCCCCCGGCGACCUGAGUCCGCUGCGCUCCGGUUCCGGAGGCUCCGCUUGCAGCAGCCGCGACAACUCGGCCGAGAGGGACCCCCCCGGCCUGGCCAGGACCGCCCCCGCCGCCGGCAUCAUGAAGGUGAGUGCUGCUCGCUCGACUUCCACCCUCCUUGUACCGCCCUCCGACUCCUUUGGCACGUGUGUGUAAGGUUCGUUCCCCCCACCCCAUUUAAUCUGGAAUCCCCGCAGGGAUUUCCCAGCUCCCCCUCCUUAAGGACAUCCUUACUGAGCCCCAUAACAGCGGCAGCUAAUCACCUCUUUUCUCCUGUCGCCGCCACCGCGUGCCACCAUUUCUGUCCUCAUCUGACCUUCUAAAUCUAACCUAGGGAUCCAAGAGAGAUUCCAAACGCAGCAGCUUUGCCUUGCCCUCUCCGAGCCGAGAGCGCCCCCGCAAGGAGCACCCCCCCCGCCCCGCUUCAGUGCCACCCCCCUUCCAACUUCAUCGCUUUUCAGAAACAACAGGUGCUGGGGUUCCUGCUUGGGGUUUUUCACUGGCAACAGAGAAAGGCACUCUGCAUAUGCCCAGAGGUGCUCUGAUCUUCAUUGUAGUUUGAGACCUUCAAGGCUGAGAUGUGUGACGUUGAAAACUGAUUCUGGGGUUCAGAGUAAGCUGCUCUCCUCUGGAGACGACACCCCCCCCCAUACUCCAGAUCAUCAGCCUGGUCAGCCUUCACCUUUGUAAAUCCACACUGAAGUUGGAGCUUCUGACCUUUGUCAACCGCUCCAGCAAAAGGAAACAUUUGAGCCCCUAUACCAGCAACAACAAAAACAGCUUUCCAACUCCGUACAUGCAAAUCUUUUUUUUGCUUUCAUAAGGAGGCAUAUUCAAAACUCACUUUAUGCAGACCCACUUGGUAUAAAGCGCUAAGACAAACCAAGGAUUAGUGUGAAUGAGUGAACAUGCAGGUUCUCAGAGCAAAGAGCACAGCUGCUGCCACUAUGCUACCUGGCUAUUCAUGGGUAUUUCUGGAAUGUGUGACCUGGUUCCACGGAAUAACUUCAUGUCUGAAGCAACAUGCAUCAGACAGUGUCCUCAUAGGCAGUGGUCCAUCUGCACAGGCAGGUCAUUUCUAAAAUGUUGCAGCCAUAAAAUGUAUAUGGAUGUAAAAGGUAAAGGGACUCCUGACCAUUAGGUCCAGUCACAGACGACUCUGGGGUUGCGGCGCUCAUCUCACUUUAUUGGCCGAGGGAGCCAGCAUGACUAAGCUGCUUCUGGCGAACCAGAGCAGCGCACGGAAACGCCGUUUACCUUCCUGCCGAAGUGGUAUCUAUUUAUCUACUUGCACUUUGAGGUGCUUUCGAACUGCUAGGUUGGCAGGAGCAGGGACCGAGCAACGGGAGCUCUCCCUGUCGCGGGGAUUUGAACCGCCAUCUUCUGAUCGGCAAGUCCUAGGCUCUGUGGUUUAGCCCACAGUGCCACCUGCGUCCCAUUUAUGGAUGAGAGAGGGCCAAAAGUGGCACAAAUGGUAGAUUUUCUCCCAACUUUGGUCUGCUUCAUUCAUUCCCCUACAUCACUUGGUUAUUGCAUGCUUGUAUUUAACAACUUGCUCAGUAGCCGUAGGCCAGCCUUCCCCAAUCUGGUGCCCUCCAUAUGAUGUGUACUACAACUCCCUUCAGUCCGAGUGGGAACUGCAGUGCUAACAGCUAUGGGAGGUCAAUCUUAUGGGGUACCCAGGGCACCUAGUCAUCCUGCUUGUGGAUGACAGUCUUCUUUUUCCUCAUCUGCAGGGGGGCUCCUGGCUGGGUUUCCAAAUGGAGGUAACAAAAGGGGCAGUGUUAGAAACUCAGAUAUAUAAGCUAAUAGUGGUUUGCAACACAUUAAAACCUCAAACAAAACAAUCCAGAAUAAAAACAAAAUUCAAGCUUAAAAAAAAAUAGGUCCUUCUCUAAGUGACAUUUUGCUCUCCUCAUAUUUUUUACCUACUUAAUUUAUAGAGCUUUCCCAUAGCAGAAGAACUCUGGGAAGCCAGUGUGGUAUAGUGGUUAGAGCAGGGGUCAGCAAACAUCUUCAGCAGGGGGCUCAGCAGCACUGUCCCUCAGACCUUGUGGGUGGCCGGACUAUAUAUUUUUUUUGGGGGGGGGGAUGAACAAAUUCCUAUGCCCCACAAAUAACCCAGAGAUGCAUUUUAAAUAAAAGGACACAUUCUACUCAUGUAAAAACAUGCUGAUUUCCGGACCCUCCAUGGGCCGGAUUUAGAAGGCGAUUGGGCCGGAUCUGGCCCACAGGCCUUAGGUUGCCAUGGGUUAGAGUGUCAGGCAAGGACCUGGGAGAACAAGGUUCAAAUCCCCACUCAGUCAUGAAUCUCACUGGGUGACCUUGGGCCAGUCACUGCCUGUUAGCUUAACCUACCUCACAGGGUCAUUGUAGGGAUUAACUGAGGGGGGGGGGUAAACUAUGUACUCCAUGGAGAAAAAGGUGAAAUAUAAAUGCAAUAAUCUCUUCUGCUUACUCUCUUAAGAAAGCUGGAGGGGCUAGCCAGAUGGAGACUUCAGUCACCAACCUGGCCUCCAGAGAUCUCCAUGUGGUCGCAGUUGAACCUGUGCCAGUCGCAAAAUGCUCCUGGUGCCUGGCUAAUUUCUAACAAUGAAAAAGGGGAUCCUAAUCAGUAUUUCUAAGCAGAGCCUCUUCCCACUGGAACAUAGGAACCUGCCUUAUUCUGAGUCAGACCACUAACCCACCCAGCUCUGCGCUGUCUGGCAGGGGCUCUCUAAGGUGUUGGGCAGGAUUCUCUCCUAGCCCUACCUGGAGAUGCCAGGCUUUGAACCAGGGACCUUCUGCAUGCAAGGCAGACGCCUUACCUCUAAGCUACAGCCUUUCCCUAAGGAGCCUGCAGUAGCAACCUCCCACCCCUAGUUCUGGUUGAAGUUCGUACGAAAAUCCUAGGAGGGUGUCUCUGACAUUUUCCACAACGGGCAUAAAGGUCCAGUCCAGGCAUAGGCAAACUUGGCCCGCCACAUGUUUUUGGGACUACAACUCCCAUCAUCCCUAGCUAACAGGACUUGUGGUCAGGGAUGAUGGGAGUUGUAGUCCCAAAACAUCUGGAGGGCCGAGUUUGCCUAUGCCUGGCCCAGUCCCUGUUGGAAACCAAGGCUGGCCAGAUCACUGUGUCACAUUGGCUGCAACAUUUGCAUGUAAACGAAACUCCCGCUUGUCAGUUGAGCCCGGUUCUUCUCUACUGUUGGCCGUGCACAUGCCGUAUAUUCAAAGCACAUUUAAAGCCCUCCGCCUGUCCGAAACAGAAGAAGAACCCUGGGAAAUGGAAGCUUGCCAAGGGUGCUGGGAAUGGCAACUCUUUUUGAAGGGUAAUUACAGUUCCUAGGAUUCUUUGGAAGCAGGGAGGGAAUAUGCUUUAAGUUCAUGGUGCAGAUGCAGACACAAGUGGCGCCAGCUCUUUCACUCCCUUCCCCAGCUGAGUUCCUUCACCAGGCUGAGAUCCUUGAACUGGAGCAAGCAGAAAGGUACACACACAGCAGAUAGUUGCUGAUCGCUCCUGCAAAUGAGCCAAGCCUCAUGCCACACGGGGCGGGGCGAGGGGCGAGCCAAUAAGCUUGUCAGUGCAUGUAUCCUUGGAAGGAUGUUGCUGUCAUCUCCCCCACCCCUCCAUCAUCGCCUGCUGUGAAGGGGUUCUCGGGUUCCCUUGGGUUAUUUAUGUCUUGUUUACCAGAAUCCAAAUGGCCAAGGCCAUUCCUUGGCCUGGAAGAUCCAAGGAAACAGAAUCACGUGGUCACUUGUUCGGCUGUGACGUGACCUUCCUUGCGCUGCUGCUUUCGUGACGGAAGUAUUUGGGGGCCCUCUGGAAAUGGCAACUUCCUUGGGCGUUAGAGAAGGCGAGGGGUAGGAAGAUUAAGGGCGGUAGGGCCACAGAUGCCACGUGGAUUGGUGUUGUUUUUUUAAUAGCCAGUUGGGCCGCUCUAUAUGAAAAGCUUAAUUUGAGAUGGCUGAAUUUGAGCGGCUGCUCGUGGUGGCUAGGUUCUCUGAAUGCCUGUUGCUGGGAACGCUGGAAGAAGACAGCGCUCAUCUGCCGGUUGCAUUUGCAGGGUUGUGAACAGUUGAAUCUAGUUAUAGUUUUAUUUAUUAAAUUUGUAUGCCACCCUUCAUCCGAAGACCACAUCGUGGUUCACAGCAUGGAAGUACAAAAUGAGAACACAAAAUAAAUAGCAAAACGAAAACAAACCAAUAACCUUCUCCAUGAGAGGCCUGGAGGGUGGCAACCCUAGAAUGGGCCGUUUCUGCAGUGGCUCCCUGUUUGUGGAAUGCUCUCCCCAGGGAGGUUUGGCUGGUGCCUUCAUUAUAUACCUUUAGGCACCAGGCAAAGACAUUCUUCUUCCACCAUGCCUUUGGCUGAUUGACAUCCAAUGGCCUUUUAAAUGAGUUGUGGGAGGGGGCAUUAUUGGUUUGUCUUUGUUCUUAUUUUUAUUACCGUAUAUACUUUGUGUUGUGAACUGCCCUACAGAUGCAGGGCAGUACAGUGGUACCUUGGGUUACAGACGCUUCAGGUUACAGACUCCGCUAACCCAGAAAUAGUACCUCAGGUUAAGAACUUUACCUCAGGAUGAGAACAGAAAUCAUGCGGUGGUGGUGCGGCGGCAGAGGGAGGCCCCAUUAGCUAAAGUGGUACCUCAGGUUAAGAACAGUUUCAGGUUAAGAACGGACCUCCAGAACGAAUAAAGUUCGUAACCCAAGGUACCACUGUAUACAAAUUAAAUUAAUUAAUAAUACCAAUCCCUCUUCCACAAACACAUUUAAAGCCUGGUUAUAGAGAAAUUUUUUCACCUGGCGCCUAAAGUUUUGUAAUGAAGGCACCAGGCAAGCUUCUCUAGGGAGAGCAUUUUUUAAUUCAGCAUUGCUCCUGGGCAUUGUGGGAAAUUUGAAAGGAAUCUCGUUGCAGCCGCUGGCACUGCUUGGAGUUCUAGGUUGGACUUUCCCCCCUCCUAAAGGGAUCCCCAAUGCAGUUGUCAAUUAUGGGCUCUGCCCUAAUGCCAGCCCUGAGAAGGCCCCUCUCUCAGCACAAAAGUAACUAUAGUUGGCCAGCCUACAUGCACCUGAGAUUGGUGGGAGAACUUUCAAGUCAAGCAGCGGGUGACUUUCAGUCACGCUUGAGCCCUGGCACCUCUCAUCUUAGGAUGGGGCAAAAGCGCUCCAUGUUAUAUUGCAGUGCCAGUCCUCAUGUAGCCAAAACUCAUGCCCAAGGGGGAAGUGCCAGCAGGCUUGAGGUGUUGGGGGGACGGACCUCAAGUUAUGCAGAAGCGCAUACAAAAUAUUUAGGGAGAAAAACUCUUGAGUGGUGGUGAGACCCCAAAGCAGCUAAGCCUUUUUUAAGGGAAAAAGGGGAGGAGGGCAUUAGCUGGCUUUAAGGUCAGGAAAAUGUUACCCCAUAAUGUUUUGUUGCAGGACUCACCUGACGUUAUUUUUUCACAUGUUCCAGGAUUGGGUUUUGGCUCUGAAAAUGGGUUCUGAGAAUGAGUUUUUCGGGAGGUGGGAUCCUGGCUGCACCCCAUCUCCCCUUAUUAGUGUGCAUGCCUAUGGAAGGGAACCUAUAACGUCUGUGUCUUUAAUCCUCAACGAUGAGAUGCUGUUGGUGUGAGCAAGUCUAAUGGUAUGGCUAUCUACUGAGUCGGAUGGUUCUAUGUAUAGUGUUGUAUUUUCUUGUUCAGCAGUUUGGGGGCCUAGACCAAAAAGCAGAAUAGAAGUAAACUGUUGGUGAUUGUUCAUGUAGUCCAGUCUUGAAACUGAAAUAUAUGGGGUGUGAGGUUGAGAAUGCUCUCGAGCAAAUUUUCUUUAUUCAGACUUUUUAUGUGGGCGGGGGGGCAGGAAGGGGAAGAAAACAAGUAUAUAUGUUCUAAUCGAAGAUGUAUGCAUUGCAACAUUUACAAUUAUGCUUUUGAGAAGUCUUGUGGCAGGGAAGAAAAAAAUAAUUUGUGCAAAAUAUUGAAACUGCCUACGGUAAGCAGGGCUCCCCCCCCCCCCGCCAGAACUCAGUUCCGGUACCUCUCAGGUGGGCACUAUUGCCAUUAUAAGAGAACAAGGGAUGUGUUCAUAGUGAGUUCUGGCACCUCUUUUUCUAGAAAAAUAGCAUUGCAGUUACAAGGGUGGCCCAAUUCAUGUCCAAAGUCUGUUUUGGAGACCUAAUCCGGCCCACCAGUCAAUUUAAUCCAGCCCCCGUGGCAGUAUAUGUCCUGGGGUAAAAUCCUAAAAACAACUUCAAUCCUAAAAAAAGGCCAACAACUUUGGUUGGUCCCCACGGCCCUUCACUUCAUCAAAUCUGGCCCUUUGAAAAAAAUUGGCUACACUGGCUAAAAUUUCCUCUUCUGCACAACUCUUAAAGGUGCAGGAGUCCUGUUCUCCUUUUGCAGCUUGCCACCCUAAUACUUACUACCUAAAAAUGCAUUGACAAUAUUUAAGUUUGAAUAGAACCAUACAAAGCGGCCACCGGUCCGUCUAACCAGCAGCCGUGUACUCUGACUGGUAGUGACUUUCCCAGGUCUCAAGCAGAGAUCCCUGCUUCACGGUAUCAUUUAAACUAGUGAUCUUGUCAGAUUUCAUGCAUUCGCAGUAUGAGCUGUGUUUCUUGGGUGUCACUCAAAUUACUAUUUCAAAAUGAAAUUUGCAACGCUGGCACUCAAAACUCUGUUGCACUUGGGUGGCGUUUGGGGUUCUGCAUCUGCUUAGGGCAGCCAGAUUUUUAAAAAGAAAGAACUGGGUACGUGGGGGGCCCUGUGCCUUUAAUAUUUGCAUGGAACAGGGAAUUUCAGCAGGUGGAGCAUUUUGACUAUUAAAGAUGCAAGAACCUUGCUUUCUUUUGCAUCUGACCAGUCACCAGAGAUCUGCUGCUUACCUGACUGGCGGCAGCUGUUUGGCAGCGUGUGCAGAGCAUCAUCCCCAGCCCGUGAAAUAAACUUCGAAAGUGACCUUAUUCCCAGGACUGGCUAGUUGUCUCAUGUGUCCCAACGUUCAUAGAAUCGUAGAGUUGGAAGGGACCACAAGGGCCAUCCAUUCCAACCCUCCGCAAUGCAGAAAUCUUUUGCCCAGCGUGGGACUUGAACCCACGACCCUGAGAUGAAGAGUCUCAGAAGCAGUACCAACUGAGCUAUGUUGGUGUUGUCUGCUCUUGACGGGCAGCAGCUCUCUUAGGAAACUGGGCAAAGAGUUGUUCCUGUCACCCACUCUCUUGAUCUCUUUAAAGGUAAAGGUAAAGGUAAAGGUAAAGGGACCCCUGACCAUUAGGUCCAGUCAUGGCUGACUCUGGGGUUGCGGCGCUCAUCUCACUUUAUUGGCCAAGAGAGCUGGCGUACAACUUCCGGGUCAUGUGGCCAGCAUGACUAAGCUGCUUCUGGCGAACCAGAGCAGUGCACGGAAACGCUGUUUACCUUCCCGCCGGAGUGGUACCUAUUUAUCUACUUGCACUUUGACGUGCUUUCGAACUGCUAGGUUGGCAGGAGCAGGGACCGAGCAACGGGAGCUCACCCCAUCGCGGGGAUUUGAACAGCCGACCUUCUGAUUGGCAAGCCCUAGGCUCUGUGGUUUAACCCCCAGCGCCACCCGCGUCCCUUGAUCCUUUUAACCGAGGGUAAAACCUGGUGGCUUCUGCCUGCAAAACACCUUCUCUGCUGCUGAGGCUCAGGUCCCUCCCAGAAUCCUUUGCACUGGAGACUUUCCUGCACGGCAGCGGUAGGGCUGAGCCGUAGCAAACACCAUGUGCCAAACCCUCGAGGUGUGGCUCUGCUCCAGGUGUCCCAUCUUGAUAUUGCUGACUCCCCCCUGCUUCCCACCCCCUUUAUUUCCCCCAUCUAUUGGGCAUGAACCUCAGUGUGGGCGUUUACUGCGGGGUUCUGAUGGAGGUGCCCUUGGUAGGUGUGUGUUUCUAAAAGCGGCCUUUUAAAUGUUUUUGCGUCACGGUUGUUCAUCUCCAGAAUAGGUUGCUGUCACCCGAGACCCGCCUCCUUGCUCCUCGCAGCCUAUUUUAAGCACUGAUUGCUCCAGUGCUAUUAAUACAGGGUGUGUGGGCUGCGUUCCAGCCCCUCUGCCACCCCCCAGCUUGUUAGGCCUUUCUCAUGCACCUUGGAGGAGAAGGAAUUUGCUUGCCCUGCAGUCUGGAGCGUGUUUUGAAAAGGCUAAAUGGAUCUUGUGCACAGAGUGCAGGUGACGGAACAGGCUUACCAUUCCUCCAGUGGCCUUUCUAAAGAAAAAAAUCACCUGGGGGUUUGGGUGUGUGUGGAUUGAGGUGCACUGCCUGGGAUAUGCCCAUGGCGGUGAUAGAAUAUGCUAUUUUUUGCAAGUGCACAAGGGUAGGGCGUUGGAGGCCAGGGGAAGAUCUGGAAAGGCACAGCAAGAAGUGCCAAAGCUCUGUUACCUUGGCAGCUAAACUCAUGGAAUCCUGAGACCUGGUAUGGGGCAAGGGCAUGGCUAGGGAAAUAAAAUCUCUGUUUGGCUACGCAGCCCACUAGUCGACCUUGGGAUGGCUUCCCGCUAGCUUUAACAGUGUUGUUGUGAUGAUGGAGUGGGUUAAUUCCCUCUGUAUGUGGCCUAAGUGGGACUCUGUAUUUGGGACGCGGGUGACGCUGUGGGUUAAACCACAGAGCCUGGGACUUGCCGAUCAGAAGGUCAGCGGUUCAAAUCCCCCCGACGGGGUGAGCUCCCGUUGCUCGGUCCCUGCUCCUGCCAACCUAGCAGUUCAAAAGCACGUCAAAGUGCAAGUAGAUAAAUAGGUGCCACUCUGGCGGGAAAGUAAACGGCAUUUCCGUGCGCUGCUCUGGUUUGCCAGAAGCGGCUUAGUCAUGCUGGCCACAUGACCCGUAGGCUGUACGCCGACUCCCUCGGCCAAUAAAGUGAGAUGAGCGCCACAACCCCAAGUCGGUCACAACUGGACCUAAUGGUCAGGGGUCCCUUUACCUUUUUAUGUGGCCUGAGUGCUGCAGACGAUGGCUUGGGUACAAAUUUGACCAAUCUGGAAGGGGUGAGAAAAGUUCGGGAACGCCCACUCACUGGCCUAUGUGAUCCAAGCUACAGUGAAGCAUAGAGCAAGUGUACUGCAAAGGCUCCCCACCUCCAUCUUUGAGCUGUACAAUGAGCUCUUAGUCUUUCCAUUUCGCAGAUAGGAAAACUGAGGUUGAAAGAUAGCACCCUCCCCUGAGGUGUCUCCCCAGUGAGACUUGAACAGAAUUGGGCUUUGAACUCUGGUCUCCAGGUUUCAUCCUGUGUUUUUAGAGAGUGUAAGAGGACACGUCUCUGCCCCAAGGAACGUACAAUCUAAAAUUUGACACAGAGGACAACAGCAGGGCGGUAGAAGGGAAAUGGAGGCAAGGUAAACAGAGAAGAAGUAUACACUUAGACUUAUGUUGCUAACUUAGUUGCAGGGCACGGGAACAGAAAGGUGUUCUAGAUAAGGUAGUUCAGGAUCCUUUUGAAAGGUCCACACAAAGGCCAUCUUUGUCAAGUACUGGAGGGGGAAAGUGUUGCCCAUUUAUGGGCAGUCCCCCUCCCUCCAUGAGCACUUGUCUGUGCACCUUCAUUAUUCAGGUGUGAUGCAUGGAUGGAACUAAUUAAACAAAUGGCCAAAAAUAAAACAAAAAUGCUUCCUUUUUCAUUGUCGUCACCACACUGACUGACUGACGCAGGUUACAUCUGCCUCUAAGUGACAGCUGAAGAAGUCCUGGUGCAGAAAUCACACCCACCCCCUUCAUCUGUUGCAGAGGAAACACAGACCGCAUGUCCACUGCCAAAGGAUGCAGCUCUCUGGGGCAGGGGACUGGCGGGGGGGGGGGAGAGAACGCACCAUCUGACCCCAAUCCAAUGCCCUCCAGAUGUUUUGGACUUCAAGCUUCCAUCAGUGGUAGCUAUAGCCCAAAACAUCUGGAGAGUCCCAAAUUGGAGAAAGCUAGAAUGGACAGAGGUUGCACUUCAGAGAGAAUUCACAGGUGCCUGAAAAAAGUGUUUUGGGUAUCUAACAUGAAUGCAGCUCCUCCAGUCUCUGGCUGAGCCCUCAAUCAAUUUUCAAAUGAGCCUUUGGCAUGGGAUACAUUCUGCCAAGGGGGAAAAGUUCCCCUCAGCGGAUCUGAGAGGCUGCAGUGGGAUGUGGGGAGGAGGCGAUGGCUGGUGCAAUGCUGCAAUUCCUUUUCUGCUUUCCACCUGCCUGGCUAGAGAUGCAGUUGGCUGCCCAUCUGUUGUUCAGCUAUUUAUUGAUAAUUUUUUUGCUUGGGUUUUUGGUACCCUGACCAGGCUGCCCCGGAGGAGGGAUGCAGAUGGGGAUGAGAAGGAGCUUUUAGCAAGGAAGGUGCGAAUUCCACCCCCUCCCCCAAAAAAAUUUCGUUAGCAAAUUAAUUCCACUCGGACAGCAAAGCAGCUCAUUGGGACUUUUGAGAUUAGGGCCUGGCAGGACGCGUUUUAAUCACUGGAGGUUAAUGGACCAAGAAAGCAAAUAAUCUUCUGGUGCCAGAGGGCUAUUCUCGGGGUGGGAGGGGGGAAGGAGUCUGCCCAGUUUGGCAACCGGAUCCAUCACAGCAACUGGGGAAGGCUGGAAAGCUUUCUUCAGAAUCUUAGUUCUUUCUGUGCUGCAGUCUUUGCUGGCGUCGUUUUUGGUCUUGCUGCCGUGGUGCUAAUAGGAUCCUCCUAGUGGGGCAGCAAUAAAACUGCUAGCACAUUUGCAAAGCUAAGCAGGGUCCGGGAUGGUUUCAGAUUGGAUGGGGGACCGUGCGUUGAGAUUCCUGUAUUGCAAAGGGGUUGGACUACAUGACCCUCAAGGUCCCUUCCAGCUCUACAAGUCUAUGAUUCUGUGAGCAUGCCUAAGACUGACCUUCUCCAACGUGGACCUCAUCUGCACUAUAAAGUGCUAUCAUACCACUUUAAGCAGAUAUGGUUUCCCCCAAAGCUUCAUGGGAACUCUAGUUAGUUAAGGGUGCUGUGAAUUGUUGGAAGGCUCGUAUUUCCAGUCCCCAGAAUUCCUUGGGAAGAGGGAUGGAUUGUUCAACCACUCUGAGAAAUUCCGCACAUUUGCUUUGUACAUGCUCAAAGCCAUUCUCUCCCCUCCUUUGGAGGUUCGGGCUUGAGGUCUGGUGCUUUGAUGAGCCAAGGAAUGCAGAUGUGACUUUUGGCCAACAAGGCAGUGCUUGAGAGUCGCCUGUGCAAGGGGAACAUUUCACACUCUGAAAUGAGAAGAGCCUAAAUUAAGCCCUGCCUAACUGGUGCUGGGCAGCCCUACAGCCUGCUUUAUUAAGGGAGUCAUUCCUUCUUUCCUUCCUUCCUGGCUCUGCGUUCCUAUUUUAUUCUCCCUGUCCCCAAGCCAGCCCAAGCCAAAACACCUGUUCGGAUUCCAAAGGCAGGAAAAGUUAUUCUUCCAGUACAAACUUCCUGAGGAGGUCCAGAUCCGGCCCUUCAGCUGUGCCUUAUAGGGAGGAAGUGCAUCUCAUGCUGGGAGGAGGUUUAGUCAGUUUCUGAGUCCCUUCCCUCCCCCCGCCCCCCCUUGCCGCAGCCUGGUGUCCAUCUGCUUACCGCAUUAAAGAGAGAGAAGCAGAGCCUCUUGCAAACAUUUGCGCCAUUCAAAGCAACCUGAGACACCAUCUGGGGCUGCUUUUUUGGUGGGGGGGGGGGCAUUCAAAGAUAUUCAUAGCUGUUGAUCCCACAGAGAGAAAGCUAGAGGGAGAAGCGCUUUAUGUGACACUUUGCAGAACAACACAAGCAAAUACACACACGGAAGUACUUGUGCUAAGGCGAGGGGUAGGCCCAUGACCAGAAUGCGGCCCUCACAGUCUCUCUGGCCGGCCCUUGGGACUCUUCCUAGGCCACACCCCUCCCUGACCUUGCUCGACCCUCUCCUUGUGUGUCGUCAUCAGCUGAUGAGCAGGGAUUAAAGCACUUCUUAAAAGUGCUGUUUGAAGCAGCUUGUGGGCUUCUGCCAGCGGGGGUGAGGCUGUUUAAAGUGGUGUGGUACUGCUUUAAAUGUAUAAUGUGUGUUGGGUAGUGGUUUUGGUCCAGGACUAGGGAGAACUCAGCUUAAACCCACAGUUGUCCAUAAAUCUCCCUGGGGGCCUAAGCCCCCGCCCCCACCCUGCAAAAAUAGAGGUUGAAUGCUGCUCAGUGUGGUAGACAAGCUAACCAAUAAUAGUACCUUUUUCUUGUCUAAAUUCAGUGUCAAGUUUACCCAGUUCAUUACAGUGCCCAGGCAUUGAUUCAGAUUACACAAUGCCUCACUUUGAUUUCAUGAAAAGGAGAGGUAGAGCCGCAGGCCACCUGCAUAUCCAGAAUGGCACAUACCUCCAGAUAGCAUCCAUCCGUGGUUUCAUACAGAUGUUAAACAGCACAGGGCAGAGGUCGCCAACCUAGACCAUGGGCACAUUUUGAUUUUUGAGUAAACGCUGUGUGUGGGUGCCACCACACUUUCUGGUCGCUUUUCUCCCCCCCCCCUCUGGAUCAGUCCCCCAUCCCCAAAGAAAGUGCUUAUGCACAGACCUCACUUUCCCAAGGAGCUGACAGAGCAGAAUUAAGCUUAGCCACAAAAAGGACAUAGAGUUGAAAGAAGUAGGCAAUAAUGUUAUUCUUCCAACUUCCUCCUCCUAUUCUGUGUACAGUGGUACCUCGGGUUACAUACACUUCAGGUUACAUACGCUUCAGGUUACAGACUCUGCUAACCCAAAAAUAUUACCUCGGGUUAAGAACUUUGCUUCAGGAUGAGAACAGAAAUCGUGCUCCGGCAGCGCGGCAGCAGCAGGAGGCCCCAUUAGCUAAAGUGAUGCUUCAUUUUAAGAACAGUUUCAGGUUAAGAAUGGACCUCCAGAACGAAUUAAGUACUUAACCCGAGGUACCACUGUACUUCUCAAGGGAGGGGGGAAAGUAACUAUCGCUGCUCACGGCCAAGGACGCGAUGGGAGGGAGGCCUCAAUGGCUUUGUGAGUGCCAGGGGAAGACUUCCAGGGUGCCAGGGGAUCCUGGGCACUGCUUUGGUGACCCAUGAAAUAGGGAAUGUAUAGGGAACCCAAUUGCCUAGCUGCAAAGGGCAGAGUGCCGACCUUGCCAGCACCACAUUCUGGAAUCAGCCAUCCAAUAGGAGCAGAAUCACUGAGGUCACUCCAACCCCCAGCCCAGACAGCCUAACCAGUAGGAUACCAUGUAGUACAGAAAGGCUCUAAGAGAUACAGGAGAAAUCAAUAUGAUCACUGUCGUCCUCCUCUCAGCAAAGGUCAUCCCCCAGGGCAACCGAGGCAGUUUCCAUUCCAAAACCAGGCCUGAAGCCCAGUUGAAAUGGAUCUAGAAAGUCAGUUUCAUCCAAGAGUACCUGGAGCUGGCCGGAGACAAUCUUGCUCAAGCACUGUGCCCAGAAAGGGGAUGUUGGCAACUGGUCUGCAGUUUUUAUUUUCUGGGUCCAGGCUAGGUUUAUUCAUAGCUCCUGGCCCUUCUCCAGGCAAUCUGGAUCAAAGCGUGCAAAAUAAGAGAUUAUGGAAAUAGUUCUGAUUUGCAAAAUUACGCAGGUUGCAGAACCUGGCUUUUCUUGCUGCAGAAUUGGGAUUUCCUAGGCAGCGAUUUUUCUUUUCUUUUUUUAGUGUAGAGUACCCAAAGCUCUAAAUAUAACUUAAUGCAUGCCUAGCCAAAACCAAAUAUCACUUCUUACUGCAAAUCUAUGAGGCACUGUUUGCUUGUUUAUUGCAGAACCCAGGCUGUUGUGACAGCUUAGGCUAAGGAAGAAGGGAAGCAUUGAGCUGGGGUAUUAGUUGUAGGGGGAAGGAGGCAGAGGACUGAGAACCAUGCAUGGGACAGAAAAAAGCUCUUUUCUCCAGCAAGGGGGCUGUUUCCCUCCCUGUUUCCUCCUCUGGUUUCUAAAACCUCAGCGUCCUCAGCCUCUGUGUUUUCAUAACCUUGCUUAAGAUGAAGAACAGUGAGCCACAUGUUAACCUUGGACUCUGCGAUGUUCGGACACUCUGUUAUAAACUCACAGCUACUCCCCACGGCUCCUCUCUGAAUGUUACAGAACCUUUGGACAAACACACAGUCCUCUGGGAAGUUCUCCCGUGCAAAAACUCCAUUAGAACAAACAAACAGCUCUCGUUCAUUUUGGUGGGGCUCAGAUAGGACAGCCUAGCCACAAUACAGCUUGUCAUUUAUGUACAAAAGUCUCCUUUUUUAAUUUACAGGGUUUCAUUCAUUAGAUUUUGAAUAUUUCGUGUACAAAAAGAAAAGAGACAAACCACAAGAGACAAACACAUACAUGUGCAAAUGUAGUAAUCAACGAUUAAGGAAAUAAUUCUUUUUGCAACAAACAAUUGUGGCUAGAGGAGCACGAAGUGGGAUUUGACUAUUGGUCCAAACUUGUCUGCUGCCCAUUGCUUAAGCAAACAAGACUGUGCAGGGGCCCCAUAUCUCCAAAAAUAUUCUAUUCUUUUCCCACUUGGGGAAGGUAACUUUCUCACAAGUGGCUGGGUUGGGUCAUGCCUUCCGUCCAUUGUUUGCCUGGGGGAAGAGUAUCUUCCCUUCCUUGUUGAAGUGCUAAGUGUUUAGCCACCGUGAGUGCCAGCAAUAGGCAGUCAGCAUUCCAAAGGGUUGGUACCCUAUUCAACAAGUUGUUGACAUCUUUGAAACUUGGGGGGGGGGGUCCAAAACCACCUUUAUGUGGUUGGUUGCCUCUGAACAAUACUUUCCUGUCCUUUACAUCCUUUUCUGGGGUCCCCAGAUGUUGUUGGACUACAGCUCCUAUCAUCCCUGAGCUCUGGCCUUGCUAGCUAGGGGUGAUGGGAGUUGUAGUUCAACAACAUCUGGGGACCCACAGGUUGAGAAAGGCUGCUCUAAAGGCAGUUUUGUUGUUGUACUUCAGUCAGACUUACUUCGGAGUAAACAUGCAUAAGACUGCUCCAAGAUUCAUUUAUUUAGAAUGCAGAUUCCAAAUGCUUGUAAGAGUUGGACUGAGAUAUUAUUUAUUAUAAUCAUGAACAUAAGAAGAGCCAACCAAUUGAUUAUUAUGAUUAUAAUAUAAUAUGUAUCGUAAUAAAUAAUAACUCCUUCUCCUACUAAAUGUACCCUAAGUUGAUACUGCGUAACCACGAGGCUCCUGUUUUAAUGGCUGCGUCAUUUUAAUUGGAUUAUUCUCUUGUGCAUUUUAAUUACGGAUAUUCUUAUUUUAACGUCUGUGUAAUUGGCUUUUUAUAUUUUGUAAACCACUUAUUGGCACUAAGCAGCAUAUAAACAAAUUAAUAAGAGUAUUUCCCGGAAGAUCUUGCUCCUUCUCUCAUUAAGAUGGAGCUGCCUGACCUGCAUUUCCCCCCUCUUCUUUCUUUUUUCAAAAUCCAUUGCUUUUGUAACCAGCUGAAGGCCCUCUCUGUUUCGCUGCACAAGCUGUGAGGUCUUGUAUUUUCAUACACAGGUGAAACAUAAGGAAGGCCACUAAGGUCCGGCCGAAUCCAAAGAGUACUCACUAGUGGUUCCUCAUCCUUUCGGGGAAAAGUGAACAAGUGGGGUGCCGCAGGGUUCUUUCCUGGGCCCAUUAUUGUUCAACGUCUUUAUAAAUAACAUGGAUGAAGGGACUGAGGGCAUGCUCACCAGAUUUGUUGACGACCUCAAACUGGGAGGGGUAGCCAGUGCUGCUAAAGUCAGAAUAGAACUGGGUCUCCACUAACAAAACCCCACAGAAAUCUACUACAGUCAUACCUUGGAUCUCAAACAGCUCAGUUGCCGAACAUUUCGGCUCCCAGAUGAUCAAAAACUGGUUUGCGAACUAUUUUUGGAAGCCAAAUGUCCGACGGGGCUUCCGAUUGGCUGCAGGAGCUUCCUACAGCCAAUCAGAAGCUGCGCUUUAGUUUCCGAACGUUUUUGAAGUCAAACGGACUUCCGGAACAGUUUCCGUUUGACUUCCAAGGUACGACUGUACAGUGUACCUGACGGGUGGCAUUGGCAGGCAAUCCACCUUCUACUUUAAAAACCUCUUAGUGAAGGGGAGGUCAGCUCCCUUCCAAGGCAAUCUCUUCCACUGUGGGAAAGCUCAAGUCACCAGGAUGUUCUUCCUAAUGCUUAGUCUGGAUCCCUUUUCUUUUAAUUUGAGCCCACAGGUCGGGUCCUACCCUCUAGAGCAGGCAUGGCCAAACUUGGCCCUCCAGCUGUUUUGGGACUACAAUUCCCACCAUCCCUGACCACGUCCCGUUAGCUAGGGAUGAUGGGAGUUGUAGUCCCAAAACAGCUGGAGGGCCAAGUUUGGCCAUGCCUGCUCUAGAGUGACAGGACACAAAUGGGCUCAUUGCCAUCCAUCCAUCUGUCCUCCGUAAACUUGUCGUUGUAAGGUUGGCAGAACAUGCCUAAUUGCUUUAGAUUUAGCACGAGGCAGAUUCAUAUAAGACCAUGUCAUAGGAAGAAGCUGCCUUCAUCCUGCUAUUCAGACCACAUAUGCAACAUAAAGCACUAGGAUUGCAUUUUGAGCUGCCAUGGUUUUCCCCAGAGAAUCCUAUGACUGUUGCAGACAUCGCCUCAGGUGCCUUUCCCAGACACACCAGGAGACAGCAAUCAUUGAACCUGGAGCCUUCUGCAUUCAAAGCAUGUGCUCUGCCAUUGAGUUAUGCACUCUACCUUAUCCUUAGCUUGCAAUGAAGGGGUUGCCUGAGAUCUUGGAUGCCUUUAAUAAAAUUAGGUUGAGAGACUGGCAGGUGAGACUCAGGUGUGUGAGAUCUGGCUGUCAAUACUCAACUUAGGGAUGAUGUUCUCUUGGCAAGGAGAGAAUUCUGGACUUCACAUGCUCCAGGAAUGAACCGCUGGCACUGAGAACAGGUUCUGGUGUCUAAAAUCUAUUGGACUCGGUUUUUUGUUUUCAGGCCAGGAACUUUGACCCACGUUUGCCCCCAAACUCCGCAUCUCACCUUUUCUCUCCCACGCCCUCCUGCAGCUGCCAAAACCCAAUAAUGACUUUGAAUAAACAUCUCCCGCUCUAUCCCAAUCUUCUGAUCUGUGUCAAUUUAGGAACCAUCAAUUUCCCCUCCUUCCUGUGGUAACCGUAGAGACGGUACAUUAUGUAACUUUGAUGUCUGACUCAUCGCCACCCCCUCGCUGUCGAUUUUUGUCUCUGCCCAGAUCAGGGUGGUAACCAUCCUCCCCUACGUUCUUCGGAUCUGGGACCCGCCUGCAUCUCCGCGUGGCCCAGGAAAGUAAAAAAAGAGGCGUCAGCCUCCAUAGAGUUCUCAUGGCAGGGCAUGGAAUAAUAAUAAUAAUAAUAAUAAUAAUAAUAAUUUAUUAUUUAUACCCCGCCCAUCUGGCUGAGUCUCCCCAGCCACUCUGGGCGGCUUAAAAUCGAGUGUUAAAAACAAUACAGCAUUAAAUAUUAAAAACUUCCCUAAACAGGGCUGCCUUCAGAUGUCUUUUAAAGAUAGGAUAGCUGCUUAUUUCCUUCACAUCUGAAGGGAGGGCGUUCCAGAGGGCGGGCGCCACUACCGAGAAGGCCCUCUGUCUGGUUCCCUGUAACCUCACUUCUCGCAAUGAGGGAACUGCCAGAAAGCCCUUGGCGCUGGAUCUCAGUGUCCGGGCUGAACGAUGGGGGUGGAGACGCUCCUUCAGGUAUACAGGACCUGGAAACGUCUCAGGGGCAGCCAGGUCCCGAGAACCCCAUUCCUUCCUGCUCAGGUGCUUUUCUGUGGCUCUUGCCAAGGGAGUGGCAUGCAAGGAAAAGGCCCCUACAUGCGAGGUGGGUGAUGGGUGGGCUCAAAGCCUUCAAAUUCCAAGGUCAGACCUUAUAACCUGGAACUGCUUCUCUGCACCAAAGCACCACCCAACAAUAUGUUUCCUAUUAGGACUGUCAAGAUUGCCUCUGAUCCCGUGCAGUUAUUUCCCCUUGCUGCUGAGCUGACAGCUCUGCCCACAGUGCAUUUAUGACUGUGAUUCUCCUCCACAUUUAUUUUGCCUCCAGGAUGGCAACUGUGGUGGUGAUGAUGAUACCUCUCAGGUUACCUUUCCUGUCCUGGCUCUCGGCCUACACACAGCCUUUCAGGCAUGUCUUCACAACCGUAAGGGCCGGUGAAAGGAGAGAGGGGAUAUCAGCUAUGGUUCUGGUUUGGAAGAAACCCAAUUGUAUCUGUCCAAGGCAAGGACACAACUACAGUGGUACCUCGGGUUACAAACACCUCGGGUUACAAGCACUUCAGGUUACAGACUCCGCUAACCUGGAAGUAGUACCUCGGGUUAAGAACUUUACCUCAGGAUGAGAACAGAAUUGUGCGGCGGCAGUACGGCGGCAGCGGGAGGCCCCAUUAGCUAAAGUGGUACCUCAGGUUAAGAACAGUUUCAGGUUAAAAACAGACCUCCAGAACGAAUUAAGUUUGUAAUCAGAGGUACCACUAUACAGAUUCCUCGGGUGUUUCUGGUACAGUGGUACCGCGGGUUACAGAUGCUUCAGGUUACAGACUCUGCUAACCCAGAAAUAGUACCUCGGGUUAAGAACUUUGCUUCAGGAUGAGAACAGAAAUCGCACGGCGGCAGUAGGAGUCUCCAUUAGCUAAAGUGGUACCUCAGGUUAAGAACAGUUUCAGGUUAAGAACGGACCUCCGGAACGAAUUAAGUUCUUAACCCGAGGUACCACUGUACUUGGAUUAAGCUUCUUGAGUUUGACGAUGUUCUUUUAGAAGAUAUAGGGUGGCAUCAAUUCAUUGCAUUUAAACCCUGCCUUUCCUCAUAACAGAGCUCAAGGGUCAUACACAGGGUUCUCCCCCAUUUGUCCCCACGACAGCCCUGAAAGGUAGGUUAGGCAGAGAGGGAGAGGGAAUGGUUCAAAGUCACCCAGUGAGCUGAUGGACAUUUGAGCCCAGUCUAAAAGUCCUAAUUCUUGCAUUGUACUAUUAGGCUGUCAUUUUUCCAGCUGCACAUUCUAGGCGUUGGGGGGAAGGGGGCACUAGCUUAGGGUGUGUGAGGGAGGCUUGGGGUAGGAUCCUCAAGUAGCAUCCCUAGGCAAGAGGAGGAGAUGACUACAUCCAGCAGCGAUUUUACGCCAGCAGAGCAGAGCUGGCAGAGAUUUAACCCCUGGGGAGCAAGUUACUUGACUUUCCAGCAUAGAUGCCCUUUCUGCUUCCAGAUGCACAGGCAAGCUUCACCCACCCACCAGCCCAGGACCCAGAAAGGGCACAUUUCCCUGGCCCAGCAGAGAGGUGGCCUCCAAAAGCUAGCUGCAGUCACAGUGGCUUGGCAAAAUGAGGGAGGGUGGCAAUCUUCAAAAAUAACAUGGGAAUCCCUUCUGGGACCCUUGAAAUGUUGACACUCCCCCACAAGGGGAGUUCUGCUGUUUGUGAAUUUCCCUAACCUGCUUCCUGCAGUCUCCUGGCAGUGAGCUUAUCAUUUUUCAUUGUGCCCAGGAGAUGGAGUGCCGAUGUUGGCAGGGCUUCCUGGUCAGCAGCCAAGAUUUGUCCUUCAGGCUGCUGUUAGUAGCCGAAGGCUGUUUGUGUGUGGCACUUUGCAUUGGUAGAGUUUUAUUAUUGCAUUUGGCCUUUGCAACAGUCCUACAAGGCAUGCAUCACUUAACUGUUCCCAUUUUGCAGAUGGGGAAAACUGAGGCUUAGAGAGAAAGUUGCUUGAGGCCUGCAAAACAAUAAAUGUGGUGGAGGAACCCUGGGAACUAUAGUUUGUAAAGGGUGCUGGGAAUUGUAGCUCUAUGAAGGGUAUUCUGCAGUUUCAGGGACCCUGGGAAGCUGUGUGCUUUGAAUGGACGGUGUGCAUGCAGCCUUCAUAAGGCGCUUGGUUUGUCAUUCUAACACCGGUAUUUGGCUUAACGUUCCCAGCUACAAAUCUUUGCCCAUAGCAGCAGAUUUGCACACACAUGAUAGUACAUGGGUGAGAAAUUAUGUUCAGCUUGCAUUUCAAGACAAUCCCACUUACAUUAGAACUCUUCGAAACAAGAUGCAAACCAAAACAGAACCAUCAUUUGAAAUACACAAGUCUUGGAACUGCGCAGUGCAAUUCUCCAGGCAAGUAAUGUGUACCUCCCUCUCACAAAAAACAACAACACACAUUCUGGAGUAAAGUGUGCAUAAAAGUGCAUAUAUAUAUGUUGGUGGAAAAAGCAUACAGAAAUGCAUUAUAUUAUGAGAAUGUUUUCUUCAAAAAUGUGCAUAUUAGAUUACACUGCUCCCUAUCUCCAUUUUAUCCUCACAACAAUCCUGUGAGGUAGGUUAGGCUGAGACAGUGGCUGGCCCAAGGUCACCCAGUGAGCUUCAUGGCUGAGUGGUGAUUUGAACCCUGGCCUCCCAGGUCCUAGCCCAGCACUCUAACCAUUACACCACAAUGGGUUUCCUUGUUUGCAGUGCAAGCCCACGAAGAACCUGAAAUGUUUUUUUGCCUUGAAACUGUACCAGGACUUAGCUAAGAAAAAGUUUCUGGGGUCCUAACCUUGGUAUACUUCACCUCAUCCCUGGGAAUGAAUUUAUAAAAUUGCUAAGCGUAAGCUAUUCCUAUUUCUGUUGUUUCUUUUUGGUGUUCAUUGUGAGGGGCUGGAAGCUUCACCUGGGCUCAGUUCACAAUCCUGGAACACAUAAAAUCAACAGCUCCGAGCUUGCACAGAGAGAAAUGACUUUUAAAGAUUUAAAAUGUCUGAUUUUUUAUUUUUUUUAGUUCUGUGCAGCUUACAGAAUAGCAAUACUGUCCCAAUAAAACCCAACUGUAUAUUUACCAAGCAAUGAAACACUACUAGGUCUGGGACUAACACUAACACACAGGUGGCACUGUGGUCUAAACCACCCAGCCUCUUGGGCUUGCUGAUCGGAAGGUCGGUGGAUUGAAUCCCCACGAUGGAGUAAGCUCCCGUUGCUCUGCUCCAGCUCCUGUCAACCUAGCAGUUUGAAAGCACACCAGUGCAAGUAGAUAAAUAGGUACUGCUGCAGCAGGAAGGUAAAUGGCAUUUCUGUGCGCUCUGGUUUCCAUCACAGUGUCCCGUUGCACCAGAAGCGGUUUAGUUAUGCUGGCCACAUGACCCGGAAGGCUGUCUGUGGACAAAUGCCGGUUCCCUUGGCCUGAAAGCAAGAUGAGCGCUGCAACCCCAGUCGCCUUUGACUGGACUUAACCGUCCAGGGGUCAUACCUUUCUUUUUUUUUUAACACAAGGGCAAAAUCCUAUAUUUGUUUGGAAGCAAAUCACACUAAGUUGAAUGGGAACUGCUCACCAACAAGUGUGUUUGGGGUUGCAGCUUUUAACCCUGUUGAGAAAUUAACUUCUGUGGGGGAUGCUGCUGACAUUCCUGUAGUUUUUGCCAUUUUGUAGACCCAAGGGAGCUAACUGGGGCGCAGAGGGCGAUGUGUUAGCCAAGUAAUUGGUCAAGGCCUUCAGAACAUGGUUUAAGCAAGCAUCUUCAUGGGAAAUAGAUUUAAACAUUUUCACACUGUACCUCCAGUUAAUUGCAUUUGUGAAUUCCCAGUAUGUUUGCCUGCCUCUUCCCUCUUCCAUCCUCUGCUAUUCUUCCCUCUUUCUUAUCCCACCCCACAUCAGGAAACUUUGUGGGUGGGGGGGGGUGAGGGAACAGGGGAAGGAAAGAAUCAACAGAAUGGUCGGAUGUAACUAUUUUUAGCCUUGGGGGUUUGGCUCGGAGUUCCUGGAGCCAGUUUGGUCUUAUCUGGCCCCUGCACCGGGGCUGGAGGAUGGGGAGCAGAGAGCUACGUUUUCAGAGUUCAGGUCAAGCCUGAUCAUUUUAGGAGAAUGGUUCGUCCCUGACCUUCCAGCUGCGACUGGUUGGUCUUUGGUUCCUUGAAGCUGAACGAAAUAGUUCAAUAAUAAUAAUGUCAACAACAACAACACCCACCUAUGUGUCAAGGGUCCUGCCGUCCCCUGUUGUGUAGAUGCUUCCCAAAGUUUUUUUCAUUCAGCACUUGUUUCUUCAGGGUCCCCCAUCUUACAAACCCUUCACAGUUUUCCUUCAGGUCCUCCACCCAUCCUCUCUCAGGACACAAGCCUGGGCAGUGUGUAUGGAGGUCCUGGGCUGCCUAGAUGGCAAAACACCCCGCCCCCACUCUCUCGGUCUCACUGGUCCAAAGGAAAGCAGAGCAAUACGUUUAGCACCAGCUUGACUGUAGGAGGCGAACAAGGCACCAUCCAACCAUUGCUUAGGGACUCAGCUUUGGAUUUGUGUAGGGUUUACUCCUGAGCCUUUUCUUCUCCCCCAAGGCAGUGGAGCUUUAGGAUCAGGGUUUUCCUUCUCCUAGAUGGGCUGCCUUCCCAGAUUCACAAGCCCCAUCUGCCCAUAAAUGCAAUGAAUACAAAUAAAACAAAACAACAAGUGGCCUUGCCCUGAGCAAACAGGAUUCAGGCCUGGGCUGCCACAGCCAUUUUAGCUGAGGCUCAUGGGAGUGCAGCAACAGCUGGAGGGCACCUGGUUAGGAAAGGUUGUUCUGGGCUGUGGACUUUAUGGUUUUCUUCACAUACUUCCGUAUCUGGUAAGCCAGCCCUGCUGUGUUUGUGGGUGAGUGGGACACCCUCCUGUUCAUUCUGCGGAGUGGGGGCCCUGUAUGUCUGCCCUAACUCAAAAGCCCUGGCCUGAAUCCCGCUGCACCCCUGACCCCUCUUGUCUUAUUCCUCUUUUCCCUUCUGCUAGGAUGGGUCCCGCCAGCGCCCCCUGCAACACAAGAAGAAGACUGUCUCCUUCAGUACCAUGCCCAGCAACCGCAAGCUCAGCAGCACCGCCGCCUGCAUCUCCUUCAUGCUGGAGGGCUGCGAGAUGAAGAAAGUGCGCUCCAACUCCCGCAUGUACAGCCGGUUCUUUGUGCUGGACCCGGACUUGCGCUUCAUGCACUGGGAGCCUUCCAAGAAAGACUCCGAGAAGGCCAAGAUUGAAAUCAAGUCGGUCAAGGAGGUGCGAGUUGGGAAGAAGACGCCGGUGCUGCGCUCCAACGGCCUCUCGGACCAGUUCCCGGAUGAAUGCGCCUUCUCGAUCAUCUACGGGGACAACUACGAGUCCCUGGACUUGGUGGCCGGCUCUGUCGACGUGGUGAAUGCCUGGGUGAUGGGGCUGCGGUACUUGGCCUCCUAUGGGAAGCACACCCUGGAGGGGGCUCCCGAGACCAGCCACCCGAACCCCCGCACUUCCUGGAUCGCUUCCGUCUUCGACAUCGCAGAUCUGGAGAAGGAAGGCCGGAUCCCGGUUUCCCGCGCCGUGCAGCUCAUCAGGGCCCUCAACCCUGGCAUGAAGACGUCCACCAUAGAGCUGAAGUUCAAGGAGCUCCAGAAAGCAGCCAGUGAGCGGCUCGGGGAGGAGGUGGGCUGCGAGGUCUUCGUGGAGGCCUACUGCGAGCUGUGCACCAGACCAGAGGUCUUCUUCCUCUUGGUCCAGUUCUCCAGCAACAAGGAGUACAUGGGCCUGAAGGACCUCAUGAGCUUCUUGGAGGCCGAGCAGGGCAUGGAGGGUGUGACAGAGGAGAUGUGCCUGGAGAUCGUCCGGAAGUACGAGCCCUCCAAGGAAGGCCGGGAAAGGGGCUACUUGGCCAUUGAUGGCUUCACUCGCUACCUCCUCUCCGCCGACUGCGACAUCUUCGACCCCCAGCACCGCAAGGUGUGCCAGGACAUGACCCAGCCGUUGUCUCACUACUUCAUUAGCUCCGCGCACGGAGCGUGCCUGGCUGAGGACAGCUGCUUCUGGGGCGGCUCCACUUCAGACAUUGGGGGCUAUGUGGCGGCGCUCAAGGCCGGCUGCCGCAGCCUGGAGCUUGUGGUCUGCGACGGCUCGUCUGGGGAGCCAGUAGUUGGUGCUGGCACCCGCUUGGCCUUCUCUAGAGUGGUGGGUGCAGUUGCUGAGCACGCCUUUGAGGCCUCGGACUUCCCGCUCAUCCUGUGCCUCUCGGUGCGCUGCUGCAUCGCCCAGCAGCACCUGGUGGCCGAGCACCUGAGGAAGACAUUUGGGGACAAGCUGUACCUGGUGCCUCCGAACCCCAGCGAGUCCUACCUUCCCUCCCCGGAAAAGCUCAAGAACUGCAUCCUCAUCAAGAGCCGGAAGCUGCUCCCCAGCUGCCAGGCCGGCGAGGGGGACGUGUCAGAUGAUGAGGAGACCCUGGAGCUCAGCCUGCCUCUCAGCGAGGAGGACCGAGAGCGGCCGCGUUGCCGGCGGGCCUUGUGCCGCGAGCUCUCGGACCUGGUGAGCCUGUGCCAGGCGGUGUCCUUCCAGGGCUUUGAGGCCUCUCGGCGGAACCAGUGCUAUUGGGAAACCUGCUCCUUCAGCGAGGUGGAGGCCGGGCGCUACGCCAAUGAAGAACCGGAGGAUUUUGUGGAGUACAACAAGCGCUUCCUCUCCCGGGUCUACCCUAGCCCCAUGCGCAUCGACGCCAGCAACAUGAACCCCCAGGACUUCUGGAAGUGCGGCUGCCAGAUGGUGGCCAUGAACUACCAGACGCCAGGCCUCAUGAUGGACUUGAACGCUGGCUGGUUCCGCCAGAACGGGGGCUGCGGCUAUGUCCUCCGGCCGGCCAUCAUGCGCGAGGAGGUGUCCUACUUCAGCGCAAACACCCGGGACACCUUGCCGGGCAUCUCGGCCCAGCUCCUGCACCUCAAGGUGAUCAGUGGCCAGAAUCUGCCCAAACCCAAGGGCUCUGGGGCCAAGGGUGACGUGGUGGAGCCGUACGUUUGUGCUGAGAUGCACGGCAUCCCUGCUGACUGUGCCGAGAAACGCACCAAGACGGUGCUGCAGAGUGGAGACAACCCUGUCUUUGAGGAAACCCUGGAGUUCCAGGUGAACCUCCCAGAGCUGGCAAUUCUGAGAUUCAUGGUGCUCGAUGAUGACUACAUCGGGGAUGAGUUCAUCGCGCAGUACACAAUCCCUUUCGAGUGCCUCCAGGUGGGGUACCGCCAUGUGCCCCUCCAGUCCCUGGCCGGUGAGCCCCUCGCCAACACCACCUUGUUUGUCCAUGUUGCCAUCACCAACCGGCGAGGCGGAGGCAAAGCGCACCGGAGGGGGCUCUCAGGACGCAAGGGCCGGCGCAUGCGGGAGUACACCUCCACCAAGGCCACAGGCAUUAAGGCUAUCGACGAGGUGUUCCGCACUGCCACUCAGCCACUGCGGGAGGCCACAGACCUGCGGGAGAACAUGCAGGUACCCAGGUAGUGGGAGAUGGGGGAUGGGGCCUUCUGAGCUUGCAGGUCUUGGAGAUGGGGAGGAGGAGGGUGUCUGAAUUGUCUGAAUGCCUAUCUACUUUAAAAAUAUGGAGUAUAGUCGUACCUCGGCUCCUGAACGCCUUGGGAGUUGAACGUUCCAGCUCCCGAAUGAUUGGAAACCGGAAGUAAGUGUUCCAGUUUUCGAACAUUCUUUUGGAAGCCAAACGUCUGAUGGGGCUUCUGCGGCUUUUGAUUUGCUGCAGGAGCUUCCUGCAGCAAAUCAGAAGCUGUGCUUUGACAGUUGAACGUUUCAGAAGUCGAAUGGACUUCCAGAACAGAUUCUCUUUGACUUCCGAGGUACGACUGUAUUCUUAGAAACAGGAGUUUGGAGCCUGUUUAAUGCUCAUGGCUUUGUAGGAAUGGGUUUAGGGACAAGGAGGGGAUAUAUUAUUUUGUUAUUAUCCUUGCUCUUGUGAGUGAGAUCAGCAGAGUAGCAUCCUUUGCAGCUUUAAAUUUGGAAGCUAAGAUAAAGUUGAUUUAACCCUCUAGAAACAAUAAUCCAGGAUGCUUUAAGGCAGACUGGAUUUUCCCUGAUAUUACCUCUUUUCUCCACCUUAAAAAUAACAAUUCCACACACAUUGUUUUGUGAAGAAGUACAAGUAGUAUUUACUUACAUAAUCUGGGUCUUGUAGCAGCAGUUACUGUAGCAAAAUGAAGGCAGGUUUAUAACUACUAUCUAAGUUACAAAAAUACAAAAUCUAAGUUCAAAAUGGUGCCUGAGCUGCAGAGUUCAGACACAUAUGUGGAGUUGGCUUGGAAGCAUAAAGAAGAAAAAGAGAGGUGCCCUGGCAGGAGGGAAUUAUGUCCUGUUACCAGCUUCCUGCCCAGGCAGGCAAAAGAAGUGAUCUCACAGAGUUCUCUCUAGCAAAUUUUACAGGAAAGCUCUGUGAGCCUCAGCUUCUUCAUGCACUUAUCUGGCAAAACAUGAAUUGUUGGUUUGAUUGCAAUAAUGUCCCACAGGCCUCCACUUCCACACCAGCAGGAGAUCGCCAUUUUGUAGGGGGUGCCAGGAAUUAUUGGAAGAGUCCUGUAAACCCUAGUGUCAGGGCUGGUUCAAAUGUAGGCUGGCACUCAAGACGCAGAAACGAUCAGAAAAGCUAAUCAGUAGUAUCCUUUGCCUGAAACCCUGGAGAGCUGCUUCCAGUCAGUGUAGACAAUGCUAAGCUAGAGACACCAGUGGUCUAAUUCGGCAUAAGGCAACUUCCUGUGUCCCUGUGAUAUAACAAAUCUCGCUUCCACCACCUGCCUUCGCUUUGUAGCCGUCACAGCCAUGAACAGCUGGAGAGCCCUCUGGUCUCCCUAAUCCCCACAUUGCCUUCUCUGCCAAGGGCAGAGCUGCCACCCUCACCCUCCCAUUUGCAACAGAAAAAGCUGGCUUGAUUCAACAAAGCAGCACCUCCCCAUCCCGGCUAUGUUUUCCUCUGGGCUGCUCCAGCCAAGCAAAAACAAGCAGCAAUAGUUUUCUCCUUCCCGGAGCAUUGGAGAAGGCAAGGGAGAAUGGGAUGUGAGCGCUUGGAGAUGCAGAGUGGACAUGUGUCUUGCUUUACAGAGGGCAGUCCUCUAUUUCAGGGCUGGCUAUCUAUCUAUCUAUCUAUCUAUCGAUAUCUAUCAUCUAUAUAUCUAUGUCUAUCAUCUAUCUAUCUAUCUCUGUCAUUUUUCUCUCUACCUAUCUUAUCUAUCUAUCUGUCUAUCUAUCUAUAUCUAUCUAUCUCUAUCUAUCUAUCUAUCUAUCUAUCUAUCUAUCUAUCUAUCUACAGUAUCUAACUAUCUAUCGUAUCUAUCUAGCUAUCUAUCUAUCAUCUAUCUAUCUAUGGUAUCUAUCUAUGGUAUCUAUCUAUCUAUCUAUCUAUCUAUAUCUAUCUAUCUAUCUAUCUAUCUAUCAUCUACAGUAUUUCUCUAUCUAUCUAUCAUCUAUCUAUCUAUCAUCUAGCUCAAGGGCCACACUCACCUUUAGCCAAUCCUCUGGGGGCCACACACACACACACACACACACACACACACACAGCAUACAAACACUCACAGGUCACACAGGUUGUGCAGAUCAGCUGGUGGAAGUGAGGUUUCUUUCCCCCUCUCUGCUCUUCCAAGGGUUGCUCUGGGGAGAAGGUUGUUUGCAACUUCAUCAGCACCCUGAACUCCCCUCACCCCAUGCUCUGUCUACCUCCCCCCACCCCCAAUAUAGUUUCCUCUUCCAAAAUCAGUGGAGUCUUGGAAAUGGAUUAGAAUUUACCUGGAGACCUGGAUCAGGCCUGCAGAUUGAGGUUUUCCUCUCUUGCUCUGUCUGAAGGGCUGGCAGAGGACACUCCUCUCUGGUCCUUCUUCUGGAUGAUAAAAGAACCCUAAGAAGGGAGAACCAGUAGAGGUGGGGGCGCUUGGCAUUGCCCAUCAACAGUUGGCAACACCUGGGCAGCAGACCGAGCAGACACACAGCGCAUCACCUGGGCACAGUCUCCUCCAAUACAGUGACAUGUAUCAUGUUUCUGUUUUGCAUCUACACAAUAUAAAUUAGCAUGUGCAAAUUUGAUGCAAACCUGCAAUCCUCUUUCUUGAGGGUGAGGAUGUGUUGGAGAGGCUGUCCAGCUAUCUCUGACUCAGCAUUCCUCCUAAAGAGGAGAAUGUGUGAAUGCAUUUAAAAUAAUGAGCUGUAAGCCAGGAAUCUGCCUCUUUCCGCCCCUCACCUAACCACCAUGCACACGCAAUCUCCACCCAGAGUUGCCUUAUUCAAGAAUGGUAUGAGGGGCAAGUAAGACAACUUAGCCGGAGUGCUUUGAGCAGUUCGGAAAUCUGCGCAAAGUGAAAUGCUAAGUAUAAUUCUGAUUGCUGCUACCCACGUGUCCACAGCCUCACCCAUAUCUUCUUAGAAUCAUAGAACUAUAGAGUUGGAAGGGACCCUAAGGACCAUCUAGUCCAGCCCCCGGUAAUACAGGAAUCCUGCUCACAGCCAUCCCUGGGUGGGCUUGAACCAGCAGCCUUCUCGUUAACAGCCAGACACACUGCCCAACUGUGCCACCUGAGAUCUUAUGCCCAUUUUAAAGGCUGCGAGAAAAGCGACCGAGGGAAAGUGACAAGCCCAAAGCCAUAGAAUUAAACUCAGUGCUGCUAGGUACAUCUUUAAGUCCCAGCUACAGGAUUGCCCCCUGCGCCUGCUGGCUUAGAACGGGAUUGGCAGGGGGUCCCCACAUUCCCAUCAUGAAUAGCACCCCAUGCCGUGCUUACGGUGAGCCUCUGCCCUUCCCCAAAGCUAGGAGCUGGGGAGAAAAGUGAGGGGCAGGCCCCACAGAUGCUCUGAGUGCCUCCGAAGCUUUUUGCUACCACAUCCACCCCCAGAAAACAGUCAGGGACCACCAAAAGUUUUUAUCCCUCUGGGUCGUUUUUUUUGGGAGGGGGCCUGUAGUUCAAGGAGAGCAGCCAGAAAUGUAUGGGGCAGGGGGGCCCGUGGCCUCCUGGCAUGUUGACAUUCCCCAUCCCUCACCCUCUUUUCCUUCCCUUAGAAUGCUCUGGUCUCCUUCAAGGAAUUGUGUGGCCUGACACCGGCAGCUAACAUCAAGCAGUGCAUCUUAAAGCUGUCCACUUGGCUGCAGCCCAGCGAGAAGGAGAGCCCUCCAGCCGUCACCCUCAACCUGGGCGAGGAAUACCCCUCCAUGGAGGCCCAGGGGCCAGUCCCAGAGCUCCUGCGGAAAGUGCUUGCUGCCUACGACACCGUGAGUGUAAACUGGUGGGAGGGUGGGUUGGGGGGGACUGGGGGGGGGGACAGGACCCUGGGCCUUUGCCAGGGGUAUCAGCUGCUGUUUCCUUUCCAUAACAGGGGUGGUCCCUCUUUUCUGAUCUCCUGGUUUUGUUUCGAGGCCCAGCAAAAAUAUCAAUUUGGGGUGAGAUGGGGCACACAUUUGUGGUGCAAAUCUUAACCAAGGGCUCCUGCUCCCGCCAACCCCAUUCUCUCAGUGCAGCAUACGUUCACCUUGAGACUCAGAUGGAGGAGAGAUUCAAUAAUGCGCAGCUCUUUAGGCAGCAGCCAAGACUAGGCCCAGUUAUGGGGCCUGCACCAUAGAGAUACAGGGAUAGAGUGGCCAUCUUUGCACCUGCACCCGGGUCAUGCCCGUUAACAGGCCUCUUUUCCACAUAUAAAUCUUAUGUGGAAUUUUAGGUUCUCCUGUGCUAUUUCCCCUCUCUAGUGGGUAUGAGCAUCUCUCCCCACCCUGCCCCAUGUAGGUUUUGCAUUCACAUUACAAUCCUGCCUGGAGCAAGAUCUGCUUUAGUAUUGUGUAAAAGCUCCCUUCCUAUUCUGUCCUCAAGGGGAUUUUAGUACAGUCGUACCUUGGAUCUCAAAUGCCUUGGCUCCUGAAUGAUCGAAACCUGGAAGUGAAUGUUCCGGUUUUGGAACGUUCUUUUGGAAGCUGAACAUCCAACAGGGCUUCUGCGGCUUCUGAUAGGCUGCAGGAGCGUUCUACAGCCAAUCAGAAGCAGCACUUUGGUUUCCGAAUGUUUUGGAAGUCGAAUGGACUUCGGGAACAGAUUCCGUUCAACUUCCAAUGUACGACUGUACCAGACCUGGUGCCAGCACAUGGCAUCAUCAACCAGCUGCUGGGGCCCCGGCAGCAGGGCCAGCCCUACUAUUAGGCAUGCCAAGCCUCUUGUCUUGAGUGGCAGAUUGGCUGUGCUACUCAAGCCAAUCCAAUAUGCACCUGCACCGUUCAGGUGCUCUGUGGCCAAGCUGGUACUGUGCUUCACUGCUCAGCCCCUGCCUCCAGCAGCUUCCUGGAUAGCUGAUUACUGGUAGAUUCAUAGAAUUGUAGAGUCCAACCCCCUGCAAUGCAGGGAUGUUUUGCCCAAUGUGGGACUCGAACCUAUGACUCUGAGAUUAAGAGUCUCAUGCUGUACCAACUGAGCUAUCUGCCAGGCUCUUUUGUUUGAAGUGCAGCAACCCAUAGAUCUUUUCUUGGGCAAUGCUCAUGAUAGGCAUAGGACCCCCUGAUGUGGAUUGGGCCUAUAGCAAAGUGGCUAAAGACACCCCCCACACUAGACUCCAGAUCUGGAUCGGCGCUUAAGGGCAGAGGCAUGUGACUAACAUAACGUGCUCUUUGGCCCUAGCAGCUAGAACUGCAAAGACUUUGUCACAGUGAGAAAGAGUAACACAUAGAGAAGCCCUGGAAUCUGUGCAAUUAGUAUCUAUCUGUACACUCUAUCUGUGCAUAGUGGGGCCAAGGGCCUCCUGUAAGGUGGGGUGCUUUGCUGGCUUGCUCAGCCCCCACCCCACUAACCACACCUUCUCUCUCUUUUACUUUCCCCGCCAUCAGAUGAUCCAAACAGGCCGCACGCUAAUUGAGUCAGCCGAUGCCGUUCACGCCAAGAUUAUUCAGGUGCAACAAGCAGGUAGGCAGCGGAGGAUCUGCUAUGAAACUAACAAAGCUCAAAGCUUCAGGGGCCCUAAUCUCAGAAGGGCCACAAAAGCAAGCUUAGUCCACAUGGCUUUUUUUUUAAUGGGUCUAGUCUAUGCAAUUUGAGUCACACGACUCAAAUCCUCACAUCUCCCCAUUGAUGAAUGAUUUAUUGUGGUAUAUAUUUCAAUAAUCCCAAAGUUUUGAGAGUCAGUCGCACUGUUUUCUGUGCACGUAGAUGGGCAAUGAUUUUGGAGUGCUCUGAAAGGGUUUCUUAAACCUCUUUGAAAAACCCGCAAAAGCUGAUGACCAGGUGCCAUAGUGGGGUGAACGCACAGGCACCUUUGACCCUUGGGGUGGGGGUGUGCUCUUCCAGCCUUCAGGAGCGCAGUCCUACCUUGUCCAGAAGGCAGCAGGCCUGUGACAGAUUGUCUCCUUUGCCUCCCUCUCCACAUUUCUCCAGGGAUGGGGUUUCACAAGGAGCUGCACCGUUUGGAGGCCAAGGAAGGCCUGAAAGGGCGGAAGCUGCAGAAAGCUCUGGAAAGUUUUGCCUGGAACAUCACUGUCCUGAAGGUAAUUAGGAGCAGCACUUGCUGCGAGGUAGGAUUUUCUGGGACAGGGUCUCAGGACCAGGACUUCAGCCACGGGACGUGAGAAAAGAGGAAUUUGAGCAUGCACAAAUACCCAGCUGGGGGACCUUGGGGCCAGCCAUUACCUAUCAACCUAACCAUUCAUUCAUUCAUUCAUUCAUUCAUUUAUUUAUUUACCUGCCCAUCUCUGGGUUGUCCCAGCCACUCUGGGCAACUUCCAACAUAAUACAAAAACACAAAAACAUCAAGCUUAAAAAACUACCCCAAUACAGGGCUGCCUUCAGGUGUCUUCAGAAAGUGGUAUCAUUGUUUAUUUCUUUGACAUCUGAUAGGAGGGCGUUCCACAGGGCAGGUGCAAUUACCCAGGAUGUCCUCUACUUGGUUCCUUGGUUCCUUGUAACUUCUCUCGCAGUGAGGGAACUGCCAAAAGGCCCUCAGAGCUGAAUGAUGGGGGUGGAGAUGCUCCUUCAGGAAUACAGGGCCGAGGCUGUUUAGGGCAUUAAAGGUCAGCACCAACACUUUGAAUUGUGCUCGGAAACGUACUGGGAGCCAGUGGAUUAGAUGUAGUUUCUGAGUCACUUUCUGCGUAGAGCGCAGUGGUCCAAGCGGGAGAUAAACCAGAGCAUGGACCUACUGCCCAGGCGGGGUUCUAAGGAUAAAAUGGGGAAAGGGAGAACCAUGUACAGUAUCCCACUCUAAGCUUUUUGAAGGAAAGGUGGGCCAUGACAAAUAAGUAAACAAAAUACUAUUGCCCUGCGGAUGUUUUCUUCCUGGGAGAUUUUUUCUGGGCUCGCAGGAAACGGAAUGAUCUCUCCCUCCCCAUGCAUUUCAAGCUGCAGCUCUAGGGGGUUUUUUGGGGGGGAGGGUGUCAAAAGCACUUGUGCAUUGAAUGCCGGGUUUUGUUUGGGCCACAGACUUUCUAAAGAAUCUAAAGUGUCCGUGGUCCGGUGGUGAGCAGGCACUGCCACCUGGUGGGCGCUGCAUGUUCCAUGUCCUUUCAUCUUGAUUGUCUGUUGCUGUUUUGAAAAACACGAGGGCUGCUUAGAGCUGUGCUUUCCUUCAGUUGCUUUGGUUAAAAGGGGAUGCUGAUGGCUUCUCUCCAGAUGGCUUCCUUGCUGCUGAUUUCCCCCAGUGCAUGACAUUGCUGCUUAAAGUCCAAUGGUUCAGUGGUAGAGCAAUCUGCUCUGCACACCAACAGUCGUCUUCAUCAUCAUCAUCAUCAAAGUUUUUCCAGAGCUUUAAUACAUUUAAUACCCCCAUCCUUUCUAAUACAUAUGAACUUCCCCUCCAUGGUUUCCUUAUUUCCCCUUAUCUUGCUGCAUAUCAUACCUAACACCCCUCUUCAGCUUAGCUUAAUAUCUAGAUGGUUCUUCACUGCCGUCCACAGUUCAAAUCCUACUUACAAACUUAUCUGACUGUUAUAUUUCUUCAAAUAUUCUGUGAAAGGGCUCAACUCCUCCCUUAACACUGACUUCUCCUGGUCUCUUAAUUUUUGUUACGGGACCGACAGUCGUAGAAUCAUAGAAUUGUAGAGUCAGAAGGGCCCCUGAAGAUCAUCUGCAAGGCAGGAAUAUGCAACUGUCCCAUGCAGGGACCGAACCUGCAACCUUGGUAUUAUCAACACCACACUUAUAACCAACUGAGCUAUCCGGGUCCCACAAUCAAUCCCUGGCAUCUCCAGGUGGAACAGGGACUAUCCCCGUCUGAAACCCUGGAGAGGCACGGCCAGUCAGUGUAGACAGGACUAGCCUAGGUGGACCAAUGUUCUGACUUGGUAUAAGGAAGCUUCCUAUGCCACUAGGUUGGUCAUAUGCUCUGAUUUCUGCUAAUGUUAUGACUGUGUGUGUGUGUUUUGCAACUAUAAUGGGCAGCUUUUUGUUUAAGUUUAUUUGCACUUUUCUCAUUAAAGCCGUGUAAGAAAAGCAAAAGCAGUUGAACUAAGUCUCUGUUGUGAUGACUGGUCUUUGUUGUGUCAGAAUGGGAGGAAAGAUUUGCCCCUUUACCAAAAUGUGUCAACAAAGGAAAAUACUUUUUUUUAAAAAGUUUGAGAUAAAUAAUAAUAAUAAUAAUAAUAAUAAUAAUAAUAAUAAUAAUAUAUUUAUACCCCGCCCACUUGACUGGGUUUCCCCAGCCACUCUGGGCGGCUUCCAACAAAAUAUUAAAAUACAACAGUCUAUUAAACAUUAAAAGCUUCCCUAAACAGGGCUGCCUUCAGAUGUCUUCUAAAAUCUGGUAGUUGUUGUUCUCUUUGACAUCUGGUGGGAGGGCAUUCCACAGGCGGGUGCCACUACUGAGAAGGCCCUCUGCCUGGUUCCCUAUAACUUGGCUUCUCGCAGUGAGGGAACUGCCAGAAGGCCCUCGGCGCUGGAUCUCAGUGUCCGGGCAGAACGAUGGAGGUGGAGACGCUCCUUCAGGUAUACUGGACUGAGGCCGAUACAACUUCAGUUUGCCUCACGUAUAGAACCAGUAUGAUUCGUUCUCUUCAUGCGUAUUAUUUUAUAACAACUCCUUCUGCAUACACUGGGCACCUUUUGUUUUUUUUCAGCGACGUUGCCCACCAAUAAUACAUUGUAGGCAAGUUGGCUUCCUCCCUCCCCAAAAGGAGAAUUAUUAAGCUGCUGAAUUUGUCGGGUUACCUUCCACACUGUAGUUUGCUGUUGGGCCUCUGGGUGUGUGUUUUUUGUUUUCUUUCCUUGACUCUGUGACCACCUUUCAUCACCUCUUCAACUCUUCCGUCGCCCACAGGGCCAGGCCGACCUACUGAAACACUCUAAGGCAGAGGCACUUGACACACUCUGGCAGAUCCACAACGCCGCACAGUCCUGUGGCAUCGGCCGGAAUGGCGCCGCCUCCCCCGACCUCUUCCGCGGCCGAGCUCUCCUCGAUCCCAUCCCGGAAACCGAAGGGGGCAGCGACACCGGAUCCUGCUGA